AGUGUGCUUCUCCGGGCGAGUUCGAGACAAGUUCAAAGCGUCAAUAAGAUAGUGUAAUUCCCCUGCAUUUGCCACGAGGAUGGCGACCCAAGCCCUCUUAUUACUAGCAUUCCUCAUUUUUCCAUCGGCCCUUGGUCUCAGCAAGGACGGCCUCUACCCCUACACAGGUGGAGGCGCGGAAACCCUCCAGGUCGAUCAAAACGGCCAAUUAACGUCCGCCGAAGUUCAACUGAAGACACCAAUCAAUUUCUAUGACAAAGUUUACAACAGUAUUUUCGUAAACGGAAAUGGUGUCCUGUCAUUCAUUCGAUCGAUGCAGAGAUUCUUCAACAUAGCUUUUCCACUGGAUGAUCCGGUGAUUGCUCCCCUGUACACUCACGUGGACACCCGAGCUUCCGGUACAAUAUACCACAGUGAAACAGAUAACCCAGAGGUUCUCUCACGUGUCGGCGGUAUGGUCCGCAGUGCCUUCAAGAAUACCGAGAAUUUCGAGCCAACCCAUGUGUUCCUGGCGACGUGGCUCGACGUGGGGUAUUACAACGAGAAGAGCGAUAAAGUCAAUACCUAUCAAGUGGUGAUAUCAUCGAAUGGCACGCAUUCGUACAUUGAACUUUUAUACCCGAAUGGCGGUAUCCAGUGGAUUCAGGGUGAAUCUCAUCCAAAUGGAUUGCCAGAUGCCAAAGCACAGGCUGGAUUCAUGAGUGAGGGGAGAAUGUACACGCUGAAAGGAUCGGGAACCGAUCAAAUUCAAAAUAUCGAUAAAUGGUCCAACGUCAACAGACCCGGCCAAUGGGUCUUCCAAAUAGGGCCAGUCCCCGAGGGACAGAACAUCAAACCCCCCAACAAUAUCGACAUGGUUAACAAAAUGUUUCCAGACUCCAACAUUCAAAUGGACCAGACCUGCAUGACCGGUGCGACGACAUGCCACAGUAAAGCGACAUGCAUUGAUUACGAGUACGGCUUCUGCUGCAGUUGUAAGCCAGGAUUUUUCGGCAACGGAAAGUCCUGCCAGCCGAAUGAUUUGCCACUCCGAGUAAUUGGCAAAGUCUCGGGUCGAAUAAAUGGUGAAGACUUGCCGUCGCGCGAUCUGCAGUGUUACGUGCAGACGAAGGACGGACGUACCUAUACAGCGCUCUCACGUAUCCCGGAGAGUGUGGGUCAGGACUUUCAAUUGCUAGGGACUCUGGGUGGUGUAAUUGGGUGGCUAUUUGCUAAGCCAAUGGGAGAGAUAAAAAAUGGCUACCAACUCACAGGUGGCCUAUUCAAUCACACAGCCGAGCUGGUGUACGACUCAACGGGAAGUAGAAUAACAAUAAAAAGUAUUUACCUGGGUCUUGACGUUUUCGGCCAAUUGAAGAUGGAGGCUGACAUUCAGGGCACGCUGCCAAGACUUCCACCGGACUCCAGGGUGGACUACGGUGAUUACGAGGAAGUUUACACAUCGAAUAGAAGAGGAGCACUUAGAUCCCACAGCAGCCGGAAGUACAAGCUCAGCGGAAAUCCUACCGAGUACCCGUUCACAGUGGACCAGACCAUAACUUACCAGGAUUGUACCCACGUUAAACCCAGUGGAGACAAUACAACUAAGUUGAAAUUCUCCCGUGGACUCACUACUUACGAGGCACGUGAAGGCAUCAUUCGGUUUGCCAUGAAUACAAAGAUGACACCGUUGGAGGAGGAGGAUCCUUGCAUUCAGGGGAGGGAGACUUGCGGGGAGCACAGCUCGUGUGUUGUUGAUGGCGAUGAUUUCAGAUGUAUUUGUAAUACUGGUUACCAACAACUUUACGAGGAAGACGGAACUGCGAAUUGCGUGGAUAUCAACGAGUGCACAGCUGGGUAUCACUUGUGCUCGCCCGACGCGCAAUGCAUUAACAACGAGGGCAGUCAUACCUGCCAGUGUAAACCAGGAUUCUCCGGGGACGGAAGAAUCUGCGAAAGGCUCGGUAGCUGCGACGAUACCCGCUGUGGGGAAUACGAGGAAUGCAGGAUGAUAAAUGAACAGCCGGUCUGCUCAUGCGUCCCUGGAUUCGUGAAGAGCGAUCAGGGUUGUUUCCCGGCCGAAGACCCCUGCAAUUUGGCGAACAACUGUUCACCCCAGGGCGAGUGUACCUACGACCACCAAAAGCAGUCGCACGUCUGCCUCUGUCUCCCCGGAUUUGUCGGUGACGGGUACAACUGUUACGCCGAGCAAAGCCCAGAGCCGAACUGUGCGAACGGGGUCUGCUGGUGUCCGCCGGAAUGGGAAGUGCGUGACAACGCGUGUGUCAGAUCGCAGAGCCAGAAUUUAGGGUCCAGCACGAGUGGACCCCAUCGAGACCUAUCAGCGCAACCGCAGCCGGAAUGUUAUAAGGAUAGUUGUAUUUGUCCGUGGGGCUAUGACUAUGAGGCCAAGGAUGAUGUGUGUGUACCGCAGCCUGGAUACAAGCAUGACACGAUGGGGCCCACUGGAGCCCAAUUGUCUUGCAACGUGGUUAACACGUGUCACCCGUACGCGCAAUGCGUAUUCAUCGCCAGUACCGAGGAUUACGAGUGUCAGUGCAACGAAGGUUACGAAGGUGACGGAAUUGAAUGCAUCAAGGCAGAUGUAUCCUGUGUGGAAGUUGACAUUUGCGAUCCGAAUGCAUCGUGCAGACCCGACGAACCGAUUGCCAAGUGCGUCUGUAAUCCUGGAUUCGAGGGGGACGGAACUACUUGCAGUCCAAUUGAUGCCUGCAGCGAUCACUCGGAGUGCGGACAGAACGAGAUAUGCUCCUACAACCCAUCAAAAUCCCGUUACGAAUGCACAUGCAAUCCCGGAUUUGAUAUGGUGAAUGGCCAAUGUGCAGUGGCUGAUUGCUCCACCAAUCCAUCACAAUGUCACGUCAAUGCUCAGUGUAUAACAACAAUUGGUGAAGGUUACAAGUGCGUCUGCAUGCCGGGAUUCCACGGUGAUGGAAUAAACCAGUGUGUUGAGGAUCACAUUGGUUGCAAUGUCGUCAAUAAUUGCGGAAGUAACGCUGUCUGCGGGUACAAUCAGACGUCGGCUAAUUAUGCCUGCAUGUGUUUGCCGGGAUUUUAUGGGGAUGGAUUCAUAUGCAAACCCCAAGCAUCGUGUCGUCAAAAUCCCGAAUACUGCUCGCGAGAAGCCACGUGUUUACCGGUAACGCCAAGCCACUUUGCCUGCGUCUGCAAGGAGGGCUUUCACGGUGACGGGGUGGAGUGCAAACCCAAGCCCAAACACGCCGCCAACUUUUUGCUGGUCAAUCAGGGUAUGGCCAACCUCAGGAUCCCCUACUUCCCGACCGCAGUUUAUCCAGGAUCUCCCAUAAACCUGGCUUACUCGCAGAUGGCCAUUGCCAUCGACAUCGAUUGCCCGAAUGGAACGGCGUACUCCAGUGAUAUAACUGGAGCGAAGAUAAUCUCCCUCACAUACAACGGUUCGUCAGUCCAAACCUUCAUGACUGACGUCAGCAGCCCCGAAGGGAUCUCGAUCGACUGGGUAUCUCGCAACCUCUUCUGGACGGACUCUGGAAGAGGAACAAUCGAGGUGGCGAGUUUAGAAACGAAGAAGCGAAAGGUCCUCAUAUCGGAGGGUCUCGUGAACCCCCGGGGCAUCGCGGUCCACCCGUACCGGGGGAAAAUCUUCUGGUCCGACUGGAACCGCAUGACCCCGAAAAUCGAGUGGUCCAACGAGGACGGCACGCAGAGGGAGGUGUUCCUCCAGGGGGAAAGCGUCAAACUCCCGAAUUCCUUGGCGAUAGACUGGACAACUGACGAGUUGUGCUGGGCUGACGCAGGAACUUUCACGAUCAGCUGUACUCCUAUUGACAAUAAACGAGUCCACGUUAUCGAGAAGGAUCUGGCUUAUCCCUUCGGCCUAGCUAUUUCCGCCGAUAAUUAUUACUGGACAGACUGGAAAACGCAUAAAAUUGAGGCGAUAUCAAAGCACACAAGUGAAAGAUUGAAAUCCCUGCCAAUUCCCCCUGGUGGCAGUGGAAAAUUGUACGGAAUCACUUCAGUACCUGAGCAAUGCCCUCGACUAUCGAAUGUCUGUCAAUACGAGAACGGCCGCUGCCACAAGGACCAGCUGUGCUUGCCGGACGGGCGAGGAGGUAGAACCUGUGCCUGUGCAGACAACACCACUGGGCCCUGCACCGAGUCUCGAUCGUAGUUCGGCCAUUUCCACUGACGCGCGGCAAACCCGUGCGCCACAAAACAAAAAUCAUUACGAACUCGUUAUCGUAGACUAGUAUAAUGAUAAAAGUAUACUAACAUCUCUGAUAUCCACUACCGAGUGUAAUCAUAACUUCAUUAUUAUAUUCUGUUCAAUGACUUUUUAAGCUAAUUAUAGUUAUCGAAUCAUCGAGUCUCUUUGUAACGAGAGCCCCAUUUUGUAUGUUCAGUUCCAGAUAAAUAAAAUAUUUUUUACUCCUAA